AGGAAUAACUCCUGUACCAUACUCUCAGGUUGAGAACUGGUUGCUGUCUCCCAGCCUCUCACUGCCACCUCACCCAGCCUGCUGUCUCCCAGCCUGUGAAUUGACUUAAUUAGCAUAUGGCUUGUUCCUCAAUUCAGAGUUCAACCUGUCACCUCAUUGGCCCCCUCUGGACCACAGCCAUCAUCCAACCAGGUGAUACCCCAGUCAAGUGGGGGGCGUGUCCUUUUGUUUACAGUAGCAUAUAAGCAGCAAGUUUGAACCCCCAAACCACCUCUGAUACUUGUCUUACCAAGAUCAGCGACCUCCUUGACCUCCUUGACCUUCUCUGCUCCAGUGACCAGGAAUCCUCUUGACUGUCUGAGAUGGCUUCUUCUUCUGCUGCUUCUUCUUCUUCUGCUGCUUCUGCUGAGAAAGCUAGCAAUAGGACCUUCCUCCUGUGUCCUAUGUGCAAGAAGACUCAUUGGAGCCUUCCAGUUCACCUCAGAAGAUCCUGCAUGAAGAACUCCUCAGAAGCUGACAUUCGGUCUGUGGUGGAAUCUGCCAAGAGAGCUGCCAACAAUUUGCUUCGUACUGGCCGUGUCUGGGAGUACUCUCUCAUCACCAGGAUCAUGCAGAGCCCUGACCCUGUUGGCAGGAUGAUCGAGGAGCUGCAGAGCAGAGGGAUGGCUGUGGUUGGCAUCCCAACUGAAGACCCGGCUCCUGCUGCUCCUGCUGUUCCAGCUGUUCCGGCUGUAGCCCAACUGCCAGUUGAGGCUCCGUCUGAGUCCGGCUCAGAAAGCUCUGGGGAACUCUAUCAGUGCCCUGAUCCCACGAUGCAGGGAACUUCCGUUAGGGAAAGGAUGUCAAGUUUGGGCCUCUACAAGAAGCACUCGCUUGACCAUUCUCUCCUUGCCAAAUUCGCCAAGUUUCUACAGAGUGACUUGUGGAACGAAAACUUCAAACAGGAGGUGGAGAACGUUGCAAGGUUCCUGUACUACAUGGACCCCCAGCAGGCCAGUCUCCAGUUCGUCCGUCAGCAUGAGAAGACCCGGGAGUAUUUCCUCAAGCUCUCAGAGGCCGGACUCUGCAAGCAGACGGUGCAGAAUUACAUCAAGAGCGUUAAAAGGUUCCUGAAGUUCCACGUGGGCAGCACUAACCUGUGCUUCGAAGACAGAGUCCUGCACGCUGACUGCCAGAACUACGUCUUGUUCCUGAGCAACAUCCAGACUGUGACUUCUAAGCAGGUCAGCAAGGAGACGACCAGGAAGAGGAGGCCAUGACUGUGUUGGAUGCUGCCAGGGAAGACUUCCUAGCUGUCAUCGGGAAGCUGAAUCAGUUGAAUCAUUCACUUAGUUUAACUAAUGAAUGAUUUGUUUGCGUGCUGUAGGUCACGGAAUGGACCAGUCGCAGGAGAGUAUAUGGGUGUUACUGCUGUAUGGCUUUUACUGCAACAGGAGGGAUCGAAGAUUACCUGUACUCAAAUUCUCUGAAUCUUUUAAUGGCAUUAUGAACGGAGUGUUUCAGGCAUGCUGCCUUUAUAUCUAAUCAAGAGGCUGACCUGUUUCCAAUUAACCUGUUCACCUGUGGAAUGUUGUAAACAGGCGUUUUGUUGCAGCAGUCCCAACUUUUUCAGAACAUGAUCCAAAUAAAAAUGAGUCAAUAUUUGCAAAAACUGUUUCUGUUUGAUUAUUAAAUGUAUUUGUAGCGUAUUCAGUUAAAUAUAGGUUUUAAAGGAUUUGAAGCUCAGCAUAUUCUUUUUUGUUUAGUUAUGUUAUACGCAACAUCUUAAUUGAAAUUGGGUUGUAAUAAAGCACAAACAA